UUUAAAGACGAAACAAAAUAUACUUUUAAACUCCUGGCUAUUUAUUUCUACCAUCUAUCUAAUUGAUCUAAUAAGAAAUUGAUAUAACCAAACCAUUUCUCGGGCUUUGAUCACAGCUCCCCCACCCACCUUGAGAGAAAGAACUUCUGGACGACAUCAUCGACUAACUGCCAGCUUAUUAACCCAUCCAAUUCCACGAAACGCAACCAGUCAACAAAAAUAUCUGAAUCAAACACCAUCAAAUCUAUUGCUCAAAAGUCUUUGCAAGAAUCAGAUCUCAAUAGUCACCCCUCGGUUCGACUUGCAACCUACACAAGUACAUCUAUCGAUUGCCACAAAAAGACUCGUCUCACAACCUCCAAACGUACACAUAAGAAAACAUGAAGAUUCUUACCAAGGAGGAAGAAGCCGCGCAUUACAAUGCCACUUUGAAAGGUGGUAUUACCGGAGGUCUUAUUGGUCUGGCAGUGGUAAGUAUUCACCCGCGACCUUAAGUCGCCAAAUCAACAAAUGAAGCUGAUCAACCUCUUAGGGCGGAUCAGCACUCUACGUAGCCAACCGUCGAUUCCACACCAUUCGCAGUCUCACCAUCCCCAUGAAGAGUUUCCUCGUCUCAUCUUCCGGCACCUUCGCUGCCAUCAUAAGCGCAGACCGCGCAUCUCGCGCGUACGAGUGGAAUCGCGACCCCUCGCGAAAGUACAAAGAUAAAUCCACGCUCCUGCUUGAACAAGAAAGGGCCAAUGAAACAACCGCCCAGCGUCUCAAGGCAUGGGGAAAAGAAAACAGGUACUCGAUUGUGACUGCAUCAUGGGUGGCUAGUAUGGGAAUAGCGUUUGGGAUUGUAUCAAGAAACAAAUAUUUGACGGGAGCUCAGAAAUUGGUCCAAGCAAGAGUUUAUGCGCAGGGUUUAACGCUGGCGGUAUUGGUUGCAUCAGCGGCAUUUGAAAUGGGAGAUGCGAAGAAGGGAACAGGAAGGUGGGAAACGGUUAUGGUGCUGGAUCCAAAUGAUCCGGAACAUAAACAUUUGAUCCAGAAGAAGAUUCACCAUGAAGCUUAUGAGGGAGAAGAUUUAUGGCGUGGUACGUCUCUACUCACUUCAGUCGUCUGGUUUUAUGGAAACAUGCUAAUGAAUUUCUAUAGAUAUGGUAGAAGCGGAGGAGCGCCGAAUAAAUGAUCGCAAGAGGAUAGCGGGAGAAAUUCAACGCUCCAAGGGCAAAGGAAAUAAAGAAGAAAAGAACCAAAGUUAACCACAACUAGGUACUCUGUGGUGGCAUAACACACAUAACCCGCGACUUCCCGUAUUGUGUCCUGGAUUCAAAUUGGACAUUAUUGACAUAUCUGUACUCAAUUAGCUUAAAAUCAAAAUAGUGAAUUAAUGUUAUAUCUUACUCAGCUUCAAGUUUCAGA